CUGCCCCUGUGUGCAGUGUCUCCCCUCACCUAAUACCUUCAGGAUGUCCAGGCUCACAAUGUGCUUCUAACACCAUGGUCCCCUGUAGAGCAUCUCACAGCACAGUCCAGGCUGCAAAGGAAUACGCGAGGCUGCAGCACAUCACCAGGGACCCCUACUGGGAAAGGCUCUGCACAAAGUUUCAAAGUGCUCUGCAAGUAGAAGCUCAGCCAGCAGCAUUGCAUCAUUGCAGGACCUGUUAUCACUGUACGACUUGGAGUAGAUCUACACCACCAGUCUGCUUACUGACCACUAGCUGUUUAGCAAGCUGCCUUAUCUGGGGACAAACUUUUCCGGCAGCCUUCCCUGCAGCACUGAGGAUCGCACAGCCAACACAUUCCCCAGCUAUCCGUGUAAAGCACAUGUGAGUAAGUGAGGUUGACAUAGUGGGGGUGGGCGGAGAUGUGUCCAUGUGGUGGCUAGAAUUCUGACCACAUUAGAGAACUUGGUGUGUGAGCUGGUUUAAAGGUCCCUAUUUAUCAAGGUAUAAAUUCCUAGUUCACUCAGACAGCUUCACUGAUUUCUAUGGGACUCUAAGUGUGCUGUUUUACCCUACAACUGAGUUUCACAUUAAUAUUAUUAGAUUCCACAGGGUUAAGUUAAUUAUGUGUGUAUAAUGCAGUGUAUAUAUAGUGAUCUGGAAAAUGUAAGGUUUGUUGCUUUGAGUUGUGGCAUCUGCAUUCUAUAUUAGGCAAUGCUGAUUUUAUUUAAUCCCCCAGCUCAUUGUUGGAAAUAUAUACAGUACAGUCUUAGAGACAGCAAUACAAGUAUUACAUGUGUGUCUGUGGAUGGAUAUUUGGCUUUAAAUGUGUCAUGUUCUUUAAAGAGAGAGACUGUGUUUAUUAUUAUGUAGUGUAUUUACCAUUCAGCUGACUCAAUGCCCAUACAUAAAUAGUGACACUAAAUACUGAUGAUAAUAAGCUUCUAUUUCCAUUUUGUGUAUGUGCAUAUUAGUACAGUGAUCUGUUUUGCAUUGCAUCUAUGUGUGUACAAGCUCUUGACUCUCUUGGGGACCCUGGUUUUGUGAUCAGCUUGUAUACAGUGAGCAGUUUCUAUGGAGUGAGUUACACAUGGUGAAGGCAAGAUAGUAUUGUAAUUUGCAGUUAUGUUUGGACCACAUAAUAAUAUUGUGUAAUGGCAGUAUAUGAAUCAGACUAACCAGGGGUCAAACGCUGCCUGUUCGGGAAUUUCUGCUCCCAAAAACACAUCCUCUGAGAUGUAGCUAUUUUUCACACAGCAGCAUCAAAACAGAACUCUAGUCAAAUGUGCUUCAUAUCACCAAAUCUAUCUAUGCAUUGGUUUAUCUGUGUUUAUGUUUAGACCCAUUUUUAUUUCCACUAAAAUGGAGAACUCCGGGUUUUUUAACUAACAUUUUACCCCUGAAUAGUCAAAUCUGUAUAAUCCUCUCAGAAACUAUGCCUUAAUUUAGUCCCACAAUGUUACAUUCCUUUUUAUUGUUUUGUGGACCCAGGACAUACUUGAAAACAAGAACAAUCUCAAUGUAUCCUUCCUGGUAAAAUAUUUUAUAAAUAAACAUUUCCUGCAGUUUGUAUUUUAGCGACUUGCUCUGAUUACAGUUGUGAUGGAGGAGGCUAUUGCUAUUACCUGAGGACGUCUUUUUUGUUUUUUUCCCACCUAAACAAACCUUUUUCAAUUGGGUCAUUUAAGUGACUUAAACUGUUUAGUCCCUUGGGACACAUCAAUGCAUCCCACCUGUUCUUAUCUGCAUUUGAGUAGGGCUUAAUCUUGACAAUCUAUUGAGAGAAAUAAACCAACUAGCUGCUUUGAUUGUCUAAACCAGGUUUUCUUUAGUUCUUACAAUGUUGUGCGCACGCCCUCCUAAUCUACUGCCCCAGGCUAGGUUAGGGUUUAUGUGACGGAGCUCCCAUAUUCGACCAGAGUAUCUCCAUCAAAGCCUCUCUCCUUUUCCAGCAGAGUGUUCAAUGAUAUGUAGCAGCCCACCCAAACGUCAAUUGAGACUUGAUCAAGGGUGAAAACAUGAAUGCUUUAUUGGGUUACAAUGCACAUAUUUAUACACAUUAACUAAAACAAUGUAGAUCCCACCCAGCCAUCUUUGACUACCACUAAUCUAAUAAGACUCUAGUCAGCAGGGCACCUUAAGAAAAUAUCACCAGAAACAUAUGUUUAGAUACAUAUAAGGUGUCCGUGGAUAGCUCUGCUCCUGGUGCUUUAACUGGUAAAAUGGUGCCCUGAUACCAUGCAUGAUGUAGAAUCACCACUCCGUUAAUGGUUUGACCAGCCGUGGCUGGUCCGAUCCAAUGAAUAGUUUCAAAUGGCCGGCCUGAGCUUGCAUAUUGCAUUGGAGUGUAUACUAUGCACAUAUGGGCGACCAGGUAGUAGAAUUUCAGGGUGCUUGGUUGGGUAGUGUCUGCUAAGAGAAAGCAUGAGCAAUGGCAGGGUGAUUAUCAGUCUUUUCUGGUUAGGUUGGGUUAUAUGUGUCAGUUACCCAACAUGCUGCCAUUAUAUGAGCUUUCAAAUCAGCCAUUAUGUAUCCGUGAGGGACACAUCGCAGGGGUAGGCAACCUUUGGCAUUCCAGAUGUUGUGGACGACAUCUCCCUUGAUGCUUUGCCAGCAUGAUGACUGUAAGAGCCUUAUGGGAGAUGUAGUCCACAACAUCUAAGGUGCUGAAGGUUGUCUACCCCUUGAUUAGGGUUUAUGUUUUGGUUACAUAAGGGGAGAUAUAUCAAAGUGUCAUUCUCAAAAGUGCUGCAAAGUUCUUCAAAUGGCUCAAUCACCAUGGAAACUAAUGGAAUCCGCAGAGGCAUCUCAUUGUUGAUUACCCUCAUUGUGCAACAGUGCACCAUCUUUUCAAUAAUGACAUAUUGAUAUUUAUUACCCGAAAAGGCCCUUGAAAUAUACCCAUACCUUUUUAUACUGAGCCUGAUAUUCUUAUUUAGGGCCUGGGAACUAUUUGAUCUACAGAGGUCUAUAGUAAAAUAAAAAAUAAAAAAAUGUAAUUAUGUGUAGGGCUGCAACUAACAAUUUUAUUUAUUUUUUUACAAUCCGUUCAAACAAAUAAGUGUAAGCACAGCACUAUAUCAUGCAAAGCAUAGUCACAAAUCACCUGAUUUAAUAUAAACAAUGCAAAUGAUUACUGCUAUUAUUAUUUCUGUGUUGCCCAGGUGUUGUAAGCUGCAAGAGAAAUUUAUACUGUUUUUAUACUUCUACUGUCCUGAACAAGUGACAUUUGUAGGUGCUGGUCUUCUCCGAUCUGACGCUUUAAGACAGCAAUCUUCAGACCUUCAGUGUCACAGAAACUGUAUUAAAGUAACAAUAUAGCAUAAGGAAUACAAGCAUGUAUUCCUAACCCAACUUUUUACGCACCCCCCCAGCCGUAUGAGCAUUUCAAAGAUGUGAUUUACUUACCUUUCCCCCCCUUGCCACACUGGUUACCGUCCAGCCGGUCCACAUUUUUGGUGUUGAUGAACUCAGCCAAUCUAUUGUUUCUCCGUAUGAGAACAUUUAGAGACCCCAAGCUGCACCAAUCAAAUGGUCUCUCUGAGACCAUCUGAUUGAAAUACCGGAGUUUAAUUUACCUGUUGGGGUUGAAGCACCCGUACUGGCUGUUAGGAAAACAGCCGCUAGAAUCUUUUUAACCCUGCAAUAUAAGCAUUCUAUUCCUGCAGAAUGGCAGUGUUUUCAGUUACAGGUUUAAAACUACAGGGGCAUGGCAUCCAAACACCUUCAUUGAAAUGAAGUGAUCGGGGUGCCUAUAGAGUCCCUUUAAAUAUUCCAGCAUCUUAAUACACACAAAAUAGCUGCUGAUGUUCUACAUACUCCCCUCUCUAUAAGUCCACUCACAACACAUUUCACCAUUUCUUAGGGCUUUUUUAAAGUACUAUUGUAAUAAAAUCUACAGCUCAAUGAAGUGUCUGGGUGCCAGGUCCCCCAGGUGUUAAACCUGCAGCUGUAAACAGCUAUGUUUCACUGAGGGUUAAUCCAGCCUCUAGUGGCUGACAACUGCUAGAGGCGCUUCCGCGAUUCUCACUGUGAAAAUCACAGUGAGAAUACGCUGGACAUCCAUAGGAAAGCAUUGAGAAAUGCUUUCCUAUGGGCGGUUUGAAUUCGCGCGGCUCUUGCCGCGGAUGCGCUUUCGGUGCUGAUGUCGGCAGGAGGAGGAGAGUUCCCCAGCGCCGAGGGAGCCCUGCGCUGGAGAAAGGUAAGUGUUUUAACCCCUUCAGUCCAGCGGGAGUGGGACCCCGAGGGUGGGGUUUGUUUUUCUGGCACUAUAGUGGUUCUUUAAUUGAUUAUUACUGAUUUUAUCAAUUAGUUGUCACACCUCUUGUUGUGUCUAUCUGUGGACACAUAAAAAGCCAUAGCUUCCUGUUUAAUAAAUUAUGUCAGGUGUUUAUAUGCAGAUCAUAUUACAAAUCACAUAUACUGGGUCAGCUCAAUUCACAUGCCUUAAGAUCGCAUUGCCACAUUCCCUUAAGCCGAUCUGUUAUUAGAAAAGGAAGCUAAGUGAUAGGGAAGCUUUUCAGAGUUUAUUGCCAGAAAAUUCUAAUAUUUUCACUUGUUUUAUAAUGUUUACAAUUCCAGGUCUCCUAGACCAGUUAAGUAAUUUCACUCCAUGUAGAAGUAUCCAAUUCACACUUCUCAUCUUACAGGGACAUUCCAGACCUUUAAAGUACUUUUCUAGAUGGCUAAAGUCCUUUAUGUGUGAAACACAUAUUCAUUCUACAAGAAAUUCAGAUUUCAAUAGAAAUUGGCACCACCCAUCCAUGUCAAUCAAGCAGGUUCUGUUACUUCCUGGUUUAGUUUGACACAGUAAAGCUACACUUGAGGCAGAAGACUUGCGAAGACUUCUCAUUGAGCUGCAUUAGGAAGUCUGUGAUUGGAGAGUCAUAGAACGUCUGGGCGGGAUUAGGAGAGGAGGGCUUGCAAAGGCUUCAGACUAGAUCUGGAGCUUUUGCAAGCUGUUUUGAGAUAUAGCAGAGUUUUUUUUUUUUUUCAUUCUAAAUUAUACCAUUCAGAUUUGCUUGGUUUUCUUUUAUAAUUUAUUUUAAAUUAUGUCGCAAUCUAGUUCCUUCCUUCCUUCCUGACACAUUGAGGACACACAAAAAAAAGAAACCUUGUUUAAUUUCUCCUCUUGUACUGACUGCCAGGUGCAGGACAGAGCCUAUAACAAUGACUGACAGGGAGCUAAGAUGGAGUUGCCCAGUCACAGGAUGAAGUGGUGUGGAUUUCUACAUAUCCCUUUUUUUCACACCUUAUAAUAACACAUUUUGUAAAUAUAGGGGAUAAGUAAACAUUGUAUUAAAUAUCAUGGGAGCUGAUAGUUGCCCUCUAACCCUCAUUUUCAGCAUUACAUCCCAUGAAGCAAUGCAUUAUAUAAAUAUUCCUUGAUGGCUUCUGUGUGAGUGCGUAUGGUAAUGACAUCAAUAUAAUCAGAUUUCAUAGCUAAACACAUUUGGCACAGCCUUCCUGCAGCAGGGAAACCACAGAGGCGGAUUUACACCAGGAGCAGGGCCAUUAAAAUGUGUAUUUGUAGUAGAGUAAGAAUUUGUUUUUAGGUCAGUGUGUAGCACAUGCCUGCUCUUCCUUUGAUAAAAUGAAAACACAAAUGAAAAUGUAUCCACAAUUUAUGUCAAAUUGUAUUCAUGGAGAUCGACCAUCUAACAGAAUCUAAUUUUCUAUUCGACUGUCUAAGCCAGCUGUUCAGCUGCUGUAUUUGUUUAAUUAGAACAGGGGUAGCCAAAAAAUACCCCUAGCUGCUGCAGAACUUCAACUCCCCAGAUUCAUUGCCAGCCUUAAAGGUACAUCCUGGAGGUUAGUUCUGCAGCAGUUGUGGAUCUACCCUUUCACCAUCUCCAGUCUAGAGCAUUUAGAAAUAAUCUUUGCACAAGGUCAGUGUGUCUCUAGAACUCCUACUUCAAGAUACAUUUUGUAAAACAGACCUGGGAUUUGUUUUGUUUACAUUGUAUUUGUCUAGAGAGAGAGAUAAAAGUAUUAAAAUAUGUGACAAAUGCAUUUCAGAAAACUCAGUUGUGUGUCAACUGUCCGAUAUACGCUGUAAAUUGUUAAUAAAGGGACAUGCUAAGUCUUUUCAAGUCUUGCACUAGUAGCCAUGCAAAAAAGUCUCUCGCUAUUGCAAGCCUUGAAUUACUAUUUGGCUCGGGCAAAUUUUUCACUCUCCAAUCGCUAGCGCUGUUUGGAAAUUGUGAGCCCUGCUAUGAACAGCAUAACCUCUAAAGGGCACGGUACAACACUUUCCUCUCUCACAUACUUCCAGUUCUUCUGUUCUGAACUGGUAUGGUAUAAUGAAAGUUCAUACCAAGCUGAGACAUUAUUAAUUUGCAGACCAAAUCAUCUCUUUAGUGUGUUCAAUAGUCAUACAAAUACAAUUAUUUGUAUAGCUCCAAAAUAUUCUGCAGCAUUGUAUAAUAGGUAAACAAGACAAACCUUGAACUCUAAAUAUGUUGUAUAACAUACUGGAACAGUAUGUGUGUCCGGUGUCUGGUGAAGCCCAUGGAAGAAUUAAAAUCGUUGAAAACGCUUUGACUACUAAAAUGGGGGUGGGGCACACUGGCACUGUUAUGGUGUUUGGAGGUUUCCUUGGGUUACCAUGGUUUGUAAAACACCAUGUCCUGCAUGGUUGAUGGCUGCUUUUAAUAGGUCACUCUAAGCACUAUAAAAACUACUCCGGGGUGCUUUCGAUGCACCUCUCUACACACCUAUCACGAAAACAGAACUUCCUACUUCUUCACUAGCAAUCUAUGCAGUCUGUCUUUGGACUGAUUUCACUGAUUGAGGAGCGUCCACUGACAAUGGGAUGGUACUAGGGGACACCUAGUCCAGUAACCAUGGUACGACCUAGAGUGGCCCUUUAAGGAAAUACCUUGCGUGCCCCAGUAAUGUCAAAUAGUUUAGUAUCCCUUUCUUGUCUAUAUGAAGAAUACAUUCAUACAUCCCAGAUCCCUGGUUAGGUGGUUAGGGGCUCAGUAUAUUUGUCAGCACUCUCACUAUUUAUGCUCCAAAGCAUGUACUAUUGCAGCUCCCGUGGGUUUUAUGUACAAUUCGAGAAUCCCACAGGUUUCAUUAUGUUACAUCAGUUAUUUAACAGGGUCUGUGCUGAGUGUUGAAAUGCACAUGUGUGCAGCCCACACAGUGAGAAUAACGCUCAACAGCAGCCCUCUGGAAGGAAAUGUGGUAAACCCAAAAUGUGACAAGUCGGUUUAUUAAAAAUAAAUUUUGUGAAGAUAUGCACACUUCCAAAUCCACUGUAAUAGCUUACGAUAUGCUUUUAAUAAGAAAAAUUGUGUUUUGCAUUUAUUAUAUUUUUUUAAUACAAAAAGAUACAUAAAAGGACAGUCAAAUCUCAAUAAAGUGAUUCAGGACAUAGAUGCUGAUUCUUUUGCCUUGCAAAUUAAAACCGUGUCAUUUCUUAGAAAUGGCACUAUUUACAUUUUGCUAUGGACUCAAUGACAUGUAAAUUGUGCUGUUUGAGAAUUAUUAAUUUCAGUGCCUUUCAUGGACAAGCAUUGAAAUAGUGGUGAUGGGUAAUUCCUGUGCUUUAUAAAGUUAUGUUGAAUUCAAUAUAGUCUAGACUUCAGUGAAUAACGCUCGGUACAUUCUAUGGAUGAGAUGAUCAUUCAUCCCAUAUAUUAAUCCUUUGCCCUUUGUAGUGUUUAACAUGUGCCCAAAAGGCAAUCUGUUUUAGAAUUACCUCUGCCAUUCUCUUCGACCCAUUAAGUUCUUCACUUCAUUUUCUGGGUUGAGGUUCCGAGAAACAUUGUCACGGUGACAUAGAUUAUUUCUUCUAUAUUCUAUAUUCCCAAUUUAAUAUGUUCCAACAGUUUGACUCUGCCACUGUUUAUAGUAAAAAAAUUUCUCUUAAAAACGUUACGUAAAAUUCUCUCUUUGCUCGUAGUAUUGACUGUGUUGCAAUUUUUCAACAGCACGGCCUACAAUGAAACCACAUGCAUGUGUUGCAGAAAUAGAAAUAUCUAAAAACCGCUUAAGAAUGCAGUUUUGAGCCAUGUGUUUCGGAAAUAAAAUUGGAAACAGACAAGUGUCUGUAUUAAGUAAUCACUGAGAUCUACCGCAUUAGUGAUGGUUAAAUAAAGCAAACCAUGAAAUAAACUCUACCAGUUUAUGGUAGAGCCCAGAGUUAAGAGUUCUGAAUAGAUUGCCUUUUAGUUAUACUGUAUGUUAAUUACUAAAUAGGCAAUGCAUUAAAAUCUGGGCUGUAUGAUCAGCUUACCCAUCGCAUACACAAGGCGUUACACAAUUGGUGUAACUUUUUAAAGAGAGAGUUUGACUACGUAGCUUGUGUUGAAUCAUAUUUAAUUGUGAAUAAAGAUUUAAAGAGGAAAUCUCACUUAUGUCAAAGUGAUAGUUUAUAGGUACAUCAUACCAGAAAAGGCUACUGAAGAACUUACUGGGUUGAAGAGUACGGCAGAGGUAACUCUAAAACACACUUACUUGAGCAACACUUACAGGUGUGAGAACAUGUGCUAUAGUGAAUUCCAUAACUUUGCAAUAGCUAUCAUACGGGAUAAUUUUCUUUUUCACAACUGACAAAUACAUAAAUAUUUCUUAACCACAUGGGUAAGUGAACAUAAUGUUAAAAAUCAUGGACAGUGGCAAGUUCCUUUUAAGAUUGUUUAAUAACAGUUUUUAGGUCAAUAUUAAGGGACCACUAAACUCACCCAAGCUACUUGACUCAGUGAAGUGGCCUGGGUGCAGUGGUCCUGUCAUUUUAACUAUUCAGGGUAAAACAUUGCUGUUUUUCAGAAACGGCAAUGCUUACCUUGAUGGGUUAAACCAAGGGUGCCCAAAAGGUAGAUCCCCAGAUGUUGUAGAACUUCAAAUUCCAUGAUGCCUUGAAAAUACUUUUCGAAUGACAAAGCAUUAUUGAAGCUGUAGUUUUUAAAACCUCCAAGGAUCUACCUUUUGGGCACCCCUGGGUUAAAACUUGAUGGGUUAAACCUUCCAGAGAGCCACUUGAGCUGCUUCUGCUGCAAUGACAGAGUAAAGCUUGGUUACGUGAUGUUGCAGAACCCAUAGGAAGACAUUGAUUCAGUGUUUUCCUAUGGAGAAGCUUGGACACUUGCAUGGCGCUCACUGCACAUGUGCACCAGGCCCCCAGUGAUCUUUUUUAAGGGGUUUUGGAUUGAACUACGGCGGAGGAGACCAUGCCUCCUCGAUGACAUCACGGGAAGAGAAGAGGUAAGUAGUGACAAGGGAGCCUCGACCCUGGAAAAAAGUAAGCAAAAAUCUUUUAUAUACACAUUGGGGGACCUACAUAACUAGAGACUAAAGUGUUAGAAACACAGGUUUGUAUUCCUAAUGCUUUAGGGUUACUUUAAUGUCAGUUUGCAUAAAUUGUGUAUUAACAAAUAUUGGAAACUCAUAUCUUGCUCUGUAUUCACACCCAAUUUAAACAAUGCAGAUCCAAGGUUUGUUUAGGAAUACAGCCUGGAGCUCGAUGUCAAGAUUAAUAUAGUUUUAGAUAAACUAAGCGGAAUAUUUUGUCAAAAUAUUAUCUGUUGAUAUAGACCAAUAUUACACAGGCUAAUACCUCUCAAGGUCUAGCUUCAACACGCCCUGCACAGAUGAAAUACAUUUUGUCAUAAGUAUUGUCAUAAAUGGAGGACAAAUAAUUUUUUUUCUUGUUUUUUAGCAGAGCGAGAGAAGACUCUUGCAACACACUGAUCUAUAACCAAAUUCGUGCAUGAUGAGGAACACUUGUAACGACUAUGUUCCUCAUAUUAAUCACUUCCUCCUGAGGCAGGACGCCUUACCAGGGGUGCAAAUCUAGCAAGGUGUGAAUGUUAAAUCAGAAACCACCAAUGUUUGCUUCUAUGAUUUUGCACAUAGGGUGCAUCGUAGAAAUGGGGGUUAAAGGGAUACUAUAGUGCCAGGAAUACAAAGCUGUAUUCCUGGCACUUUAGCUUCCUCUGUCUCCCCCUCGCUCCCAACCCGCCGCAGUGAAUAAUGGGUUUAUUUACUUACCUGAUCCCAGAGUCGAUCUCGCUCGGUGCUUGGUCGCAGCUCAGCAUCCUCCGAUAUUACUUGACAUGGAGGCACUAAUGCGUGGCAAGUGCUGAGCGCACACUUCGCGUCCCGAUAGGAAAGCAUUGAAUCAAUGAGGAAAUAGCCGACGCUGGAGGUCCUCUUGCAGAGUGUGAGGACGUCCAACGUCCGCUGUAGUGGCAGUCUAGUAGACAGCCACUAGAGGCUGUCCUAGUGCUGCAAUGUAAACAUUGCAGUUUCUCUAAAGCUGCAAUGUUUUACAUUGCAGCACUAAGUGCAAUAGGGACACUGAACCCAGACCACUUCAAUGAGCUGAAGUGGUCUGGGUGGCUAUAGUGUCCUUUUAGGAAGAGAUAUGGGUUCAUUGUGGCUCUGUAUAAAGUCCUUUAAAGGUGCAUUCUAAACCCCUAAUGCACCUGAUCUUGCUGAAUUGCUUUAAGAGUAAACGAUCCAUUUCUCUUAUUUUAUUAGUGUGCUGUUUUCAAGAGAAAUUGACACUUUUACAAAUCCUCUUGUUAACACCUUCCAACUGGCUUUCAGUCACUUAUUUUGAGUGAAUGGUUUCAAUACUUCUUUGUUAGAAGCAUUGCUGGGAGAUUUUGAUGAUGACCGUGCAUGCAUCAUGUGUCCCAAUGCUUCUCUCUGAGAAGCAUUGGAGUGGCUGGAUGAUCGAUCGUUAGUAGUGAUGAUCUCUCAGAGACAGUUGCUGCGAAUACAUGGCUUUGCUGUUGGAUUAGUGAUAAGUAAGAUAUUUUGGGGGUUACUCCAAAUCUAUAAUAAAACUGGAACAUUUCAAUGUUAGAAAUGUAUUUAUUUCUAAAAAAAAAAGUCAUUUUAAUAUAUAUUUAGUGGUGUAGAUCUUUGUGGCACAGGGUUGGACUGAUAACUGCAGGUAGAGUUAGGCACUAUUUGCAGUAUAAAGAAAGAUAAACAAAUCUGAGGAAAAAAAACCUCUCUGGGUUUAUUGACUAUUAAUUUAUUUGCCCCAUAUCAGCUAAAAUUGCCAAGAUGUCUGAGUAUUUUCCAAAGCCCAACUUUUUGCCUUACAUUUACAGUUUGCAUUUUGAUUUGCUACAGUUAGCUGAUUAUUGAAUAAAUCCCUCAAUGGGAAAACUGUCUCUUCUCUCGAAAGUUUACCAGUGAGUAAAGCCUUGAAAAUCACCUAUAGGUUUUGUAAUUUUUUUUGAUGAUCUGUUUUCUUGUAAAAUUCUAGGCCAGGGCAAACGAUAAAGGGACAUUUAUAGUCACCAAAACAACUUUAUAUUAUUGAAACUGUUUUAGUGUAUAGAUCAUGUCUCUGCAAUCUCAUUCCUCAAUUCUUUACUAUUUAGGAUUUAAAUUAAAUUGAGCAAUAAGCCUGCGGGGAUAUGACCUAUAUGCCAAAACUGCUUCAUCGAGCUUGACUUGUUUUGAUGACUAUAGUGUACCUUUAAUUUUGCCCUAUAUUUAGUAUACUUUCUUUAUGCUGAAUGCCAGGUGCAAAGUACACCGCUUAUAACAAUUGACAGGAAUGACUUUCAGUUGCAGGAUAAAAAUAUUUUUUUUCACACAUCUCAAAUAAAUAUUUGUUAGUGUGAUGGGCCUCCUGUACUCUGACUGACUGAGUACCUUUACCAGGUCAGCUUCCUUCCUGCUGCCAGGGAUUCUGGAACACUUCAGACUGGGGUCUCUUGAUGACCUCUUCCACCGGACCAGGCUGCAGUGGUUAUAGCUCUGGAGACCUUCUCCUCUGUAAAGCAGAGACUGUAGAUUUCUAUAUACGAGUCCGAAUAGAGGGGGUAGAAUAACCUUUAUUGCACAGCACAAAGCCAUUAAAACAGAACGGUGUUGACUCUCCCCGCAGGGGGUCUCCAUCCAAAGCAAUGUGGAGUACAAUUGUCCUUCCCUGGUGCCAUUAUGUCUGGGAACUUAACCCCAGAUAACACAAUUGGCUCCAUGCUGUGCCCUGACAGUCCUAGGGGCACAGCAUAUAGAAUGUCCAACAGAACUCCCUUUUCUUGGACCAUACCCCACACAAUGUAUAUCCCUGGCAAGUUUGUCAUUAAGUGCCCUAUGUGUCCAAAUAGUUCCCUGAUCGGAGAAUCCUUGCCAAGUUACAGUAUGUUCAAGUUUUAUUGGUAAUCUCAGAUCCAGUGAGGGGUUCCAGGCAUGUGGCAUCUUAGUUCAUGUCUCCAAAAAGGGGUCCCUUUACUUCUGGGGAGCGCUUUUAAGACCCAGGUAUCUUCUGAUACCUCUGUACCUUCCCGACCUCCCCUCUAAAUAGCAAUCAAUUUGGAGUUGAUAUCCACCUAAAGGUCGGUUGGACCUCGGCACAGUCCUAAACCGAGGAACAGUUCAAGAGUGUUUGAGGGUAUCUCCUGGUCACAUGCUCAAUGUUUAAAAUUAAUCCAGACAAUUCCAAAAGGUCAUGUAGUCCGAGUGGGAAAUACAGUAAGUGCCCGUAGCCCCAUACACCCCCCUACAGUGACUGUAGCCCCUUUCAAGGACUCUUGAGACCAGGCCCAUAGUGGCCAGCAGGCUGGUCUUCAAGCUUCUCCAAAAGUCCAUGGCAUGGGAGCUUCUGUCACAGUUGACUAUAAGUAAACAUAAUGUUAAAAAUCCUGGGAAGCAAAUAUUUGUAUCUUUCUGGCAAGUGUUCAUUUGACUAUUGCAGAAAUUUCUUCUACACAUUUCUUUGAAGUAUGUAGGAGAUGACAUAUUAGACAGAAACUUGCUUUUAGAAUUUGUGAUAAAAUUAUUCAUGCUGAGUUUUGUGUCUGUGUGAUUACUUUGCAAGAAUUGAGCCAGAUAUUUUGUUAGGCCUUUAAGACCUACGUUUCAUUACCGUUCUGCCUGGUAUCAAAAGCCAAUUUUGAAAAUAUAGGAAAUAGCAGACAGGUUCCCUAGCAAACCAAUGCUAAGUCGUCAAAAUUCACAUCUUCUGUGUUUUUAAUGUGUAAUUAUUAACUUCACCUUAACUACAUAAAUCCUGAAUUGAACUGUGGGUUUACUGCAGAGAACCGAGGCUCUGAUGUUGGAAAGUUUGGUGUAGUAGACUGCAUUAUCAAUGUGCUGUUAGUUUGCAGACUGUAGUGAAGAACAUUCUUUACAAAAACAAAAAACUUGCCAAAUAUAUAUCCUGCAUUUUAAUAAAGCUGCCACUAUCCCAGUGUGUACUCAGAUUAUUAAUUGCACACGUCUUCCUCAAACACAAGCUGCAUAAACAGAUUGACGCUCAAUUAAAAUCAUCACGGUUUGGGUUCGUCCAAUGUUAUGCAGCCAAAUUGCAUUUAAAGUGCAUACGUGUAAAUGGAAAAUAUGGACCUCCCUGUGUACCAAGUUAACAUAUAUUCAUCAUCUGGGCGAUGUAUUUUCGCGUUUCUGGAUUGUGUUGUGAUUUCCAUUUGGCGUUUAUUUCAAACUGUUUUCGGAUUCUGAGAAAAGUCCUAGGGGCACAUCUUGGCAAUGUGAAAUGAUGUGCUAGCAUUAAAUAGGUGCCAGAUUUUAUUGCCAACUGUUUUGUUUGUUUUUAUCUACCUUUGUUGAUACAUUGUUCGUUUUAGAGGUUCCUAUUUUGAUUGUUUUUUAAUACCAUCUUACUGUUACUAUGCGUGUCUUUUCACCCACAAUACAUAUCUAUAUAUCUUUCUUAUUCACACUAUAUACUACUGGGUUACUAUUUGAUUCAUUGUUCUGCUACUGCUCAUUACAAUGUAUUGCUUGUAUUUUAAUGUUGUUGUGUUUUUUUUUUUCCCCAGGGGAAGGGCUUUUGCCUCAAAGUGGAACUACAGAAACAGUCGGCAUAAUGGCUGGCAAGAGGCAAACAAGUUUACAGGACAGCAUGAUCUAUGGUAAGAUGUCACGGGUGGAAGCCGAACCACAAAAAUGUCCUGUGAAAAAGACCUCCCAUGAAGAUAUGCUGUCGUACAAAUCCUUUCUCGCCUACUCUAUGCCUGGUUUUGAGCAGCAUAGUACAUCCAACCCGUGGAGUUCAACCACAGCCUAUUUGCAGUAUACCGGUAAUGCGUUAAAUCAGCACUUGAGAACAGAAGAAGCAUCUGUAAGGUGCCAGAGCCAGGAAGCAGAGAGGCUCCACAACCACUCACAAUUCCAUGAAAUGUCAGGCAACCAUCUACAGGUGCAGCAACACCAUCAAGUCUUGCGCUAUCCCUUGCCUUCCUCUCAUGUUUACCCCCCACUUGCAGUGCCACGUCCCGUAUAUAUGAAUCCCACUAAUUUUGUGGACACAAACUAUGCCACACGUGGUCUCUCUGUCCAAGGUAGGCCACCUCUCAUACACGCUCAAACUGUUGAAUGGAACUCUGCUCACUUUGCUUAUCCAUCUCCCCCCAUAUAUCCAGCUGGUGUAAACAAGAAACUUCAUUCUGUCCACACUGCUGAACAUGGGAAAUUACCACUAGGUGUACAGGAAAUGACCGGAAGUUGUAGGCACAAAGAGGAUGUAAGCUCCCAUCAAGAGCCUUUUAUAGAUCGCUACACCCCCUUUGCUGAACCAAAUCCUUUAAUUCUCUAUGCACAGGGUGAGACUGCUAUAGGGAGGCAAAAGAGCUCUGCAUUUAAUUCAAUCACUCACAAGCAUCAAAACUACAUGUCUGGUGCUCUGCAGGACAAUAUUGACAGCAGAUUAGGACCAGUACACCCAAGGUCACAUUACAGUUCUGAUGGAGUAAGUUAUCCACACCAAUCCACCUUCUACAACUACAGUGAAAACACAAAUUUUUUGCCAUAUCUUGGCAUGAGAACAAUUGUCAACCCAAAUGAGGAACAUGGUGUAAAAAUGGCCAAGGUAAACAGAGAUCUGAGCAUGGGUAUGAGUGACACAAGUAGGCAUUUGAAAAUGAAUGAGAAGUAUGCUCACAGGGAAGAGCGAAUGGCCACCAUACAGAAAGAUGUAGUACAAAAUGUGUGCUCAACCCAGGUCAAUAGAGAAAUGCAGCUUGCUUCAAAUAGUGCAAAGUGGGAUAUGCGUGCGAGUUCUGUUCCCAUGGACCAGGAGCUUCAAGUUAGAAUGACCCAGUUGAACAGAAAUAUUUGGGUAACCCCAUCUAAAGAGAGCAGUGAGUCCCACAAAGAACGUCAUGUUGGUGUAGCUCAUGGAAAUUCUUCAAUGCAAAAAGUUGGCCAGAGUUCACAUCUUCUUACUUCUGUCUCCAGUGGAGAUUUGCAUUCUACAAAGACUGUGCAAGAGAAUUUGCUAUCCUCACAACAGAACAGCACCUUGAAUUCUCACUCUUCCUACAUUAAUAAGGAUGCUGUUUGUGUAAAUAGUAAUGGUAUUUGUGUUCAGCAAUCCAAAGUGAAUUCAGAAAAUGUAAGACAUUGCCUCUCCACCCCGGAGAGGUCCUCUCCGGAAUCCCACCUGCUUGGUACAAGGGGUGAAAAACUGAGAUCCAAUGAGAGAGAGCCUGCAUUGCCAAGUCCCAAAAUUCACUGCCAUUCAGAUUCUUUGGAGCCUGAAUCAGACAAUAAUGGUCCCUGCUCCCCUCCCAUGCCUGUGAUUAAUGAUGUCUUCAGCCUUGCUCCAUACCGGGAUUAUCUGGAGGGCACAGCUCCCCAUCCUUUUCCUUUACUUAGAGGGCAUGGAGGGAAAAAUGAAGAAUCUGCUUUACGAUUAAGUACACCAGAAAGAAAAAAGGAAAAUGAGAAGGUAUUGACUGAAUCCUCCACACCUGACAGUGUUCAGAAACAUCAUGGUCAUCAAUCCCCCACCAAAUCUAAGAAUAUUAAAGAAACUGAUGCUGAACCUGAUUCAUUCAACCCGGCAGAAGUAGAAGAAGUCGUUCUUGAUCUAAGCUUGAAAAAGCCACUACAUCCUUGCUCUCCACAUAAUAACCAAGGAGCAUACCACUCUCCUAAUGCAUGUAGUAGUACUUUAGAGCUUUCCAAGACAUCCACCUCACAGGUGGUCACAGAAUAUCCAUUGAGCACCACAAAGCAUUCCACUGCAUGCAGUUCCGCAAAGGUCUCCAUUGGCGCUUGCACAGAAGUUAAUCCUCAAGCAGGAAUACAUGGCUUCCCACAGACCACAAUUUCCUGUCUUAAGUCCACAUUUAUGCAGUCUUCCACUGGCAGCUCUUCACAGACAUCAGUCCUAUGUUUUCCUCAAAAUUCAAGUUCCUGCUUCUCACCCUCUCUAUUUUUCAGUACUGUCCAGUCUCCCACAAAAUGGGCAUCUCGUGCUUCUCUGCUUCCUCCUUACACAAAUGCUACCUGCUCCCAACAAAAUGUUCCUCCUUCAGUUUCUAAAAAUCUUUCACACUGUUCCACUCCGUUCCAAGUACACUCCAAAGAAACUAGAAAAGAAAGGACAAGGUAUCCCAGUGAUUCUUCCCUCGUGUCCCCAGCCUCAGAGCCAGACAAUGAAGGAAAUGGCUUCCACAGCUCUAAAUCAUUCUUGUUUAAAAAGUACAAACUUCAGAAACUUGGCCCUCAUGGAGGAGAAACACAAUUAACCGAGUGCAAUUCUGCUACAAGAACUUUGCCCAGCCCUUUUCCACUGCUGUCAGAGUCCGUGCAUUCUCUACCACCAAGUGCUCCUGAGUCCUCUCCAACACUUGGGGAGGCCAAUGUGUCUUUGGCCAGUGGUGGUGAAACUGCAGUGGGUGGAACUGGGAGACAAUUCAACGAGCUACACCAUUCAGUGCGUGCAGCCAUCUCAAAUUCGGUUACAUGUUCUCCUCCUGCCCUUCUCCAGGACUGGCUUUUAAAAUCCAAGGAAACAGAAAGACCAAAAUCUCCUGAAAAGUCCAAGGCAAUUUCCAGAACACCUGAACCAUCUCAAGACCACGAGCUAUGGUUGACCUUUGACGGAGUCCGUAUGCUUUUACAUAAACUGUUAUCUAAUUUGGAAACUUUCAUGUUCACACGACGAUGCCCGUUUCCUCAUGUCAUCCGGGCAGGUGCCAUCUUUAUUCCUAUCUAUCUGGUAAAAGAAGUUUUGUUCACAGAGUUGGUGUCUGCCUCCGUAGAUCGGGUGUUGCAGAGACACAAAGUGGAACUUCGUCCCACAACCCUUUCUGAGGAAAAACUCUUGCGGGAGAAAAGGCUGAAAGACUGCCCCUCACGCUUGUUAAAAUUACUUGCAUUAAAACAACUCCCUGAUGUGUAUCCGGAUUUACUACAUCUGUACUGGGGAUUCUGCGUCCAGAAUCAGCUUGGUGAGUACAGCAUUCUUUAGAACAGCAGUAUUCACGAAUGUCACAAUAUUUGCUUAUUCUGUUGUACACCAUUAGUAAGGUCCAAAAGGAUACUGAAAAUCCAGAGUCUUGAGGAACUGCAAACAGUCUGACUCAACGCACGUAGUGCUAUGCCGUGACCAAAAUUACUGUGUACAUCUGCAAUAUUGCCUUUGGUGCCGUUUUCUGUAACUGGUCCUUGUUGUCUCAGCUGUGCAUUUGCAGGAAUGUUAUAAUUCAAUUGUAUCUAUCUCCAAUAUUUCCACCUUACCUGCUUGUAGUAGAUAACAUGCUAUAUACUAUAAUGGUGCUUGGGCUAAAAAUAUAGCGCACUGUAGGAUGCGGUCUGUACAAUUAUAUGCUCUAUAAAACCAUUACCCAUCAAUCAUAAUGCCGAAAUUGACAAUGAAAGCACAUUUAAGAUGUGCUACAAAAUCAAAAACUAUUUUUGUGUGUUGAUAUAAGGAUAUUAUAUAUAUUAUAUAUAUAUAUAUAUUAAUAUUUAAAGAACAAAUAUUUAGUUAUGCAUGACCUUUAGGCGUCACAUCUAACAGUGCUGCAGAACUGGCAUGAGUCUUUAAAAAGAACUAUUAAAAAAAUAUGCUGACAUUUUUUUUCUUUAGCUUUUUACCUAUCAUUUCUAUAAUGUGAAUUUCAUCCAUCCUUUUUUGUAUAUUAUAUCCUAAUGAUCUAUUCCCAGUGAUAUCUUAGAAGACAGUUGCUAUGGUAAUUUCCUGAUCCAGCAUGCAAUUGUUUUUAUAAUUAUUUUUUUUAGAUAUACAUCUUUAACGGGUUAUUAAUCUCUAUAGCAAACUUAAGUGAAAUUCUCCUUUACUUUUUAUUUUAUUUAUAUAUUUAAUUAUUGCUCUCCUACGAUUAUGCUAUAAUCUUGCCCAAUAGGAAAGUCAGCUGAUUUUUAUUUUAGCUCAAACAUAUUUUUGAGAGAUUGAAGGUGAAAAAGCCCAUAGACACCUGUCAGCUGAAAGUCAGCAGGCUUGUUUUGCUAAAGCUCUGCCCACAUUAUUUGUGACUGCCGAGAAGGUUAAUCCCAUAUUACCAAAAAUCACUUUGCCGUCACACUAUUAUAUUUGGAUAUUUUGACUCUAAUGAUUGCACAUGAUUCUACAGAUUGCUCUGGGACUGUGUGUAGUGGGAUUAGCUCUCAGGGGACCUUCCUGUUUCUCUGCUGUGCCCGAUGGGUUCAUGUCCCUAUACUUUAUUUCUUCCAGGUUCCACUACACAGUCUGGGCUGCAUACACACAAGUACGUAUGAGUUCCUUUCAAACCACACAACGCCAAGCUGUGGGGAUGUGAGUGUAGGUGUGCGUACCUGUGUGUAUGUAUGUACCUGUGUGUGUGUGUGCUUUGUCUCCUUCUUGUAUCAAUGCCCCAGAUCCUUUUGUUACCAAAGCGAUAACUGUAGGAAACCCCAGGAAAUGAUUGCGAUCACAUGGCUUUUUACUUUGUGUGUUUUUAGAAAUGAAUUCUCACGUGGGACAUACAGUAAUGUAGUCAGACCUCAUGUACAGCAGGAUAUAUUAUAAUGAUAAUAUAAUAUAGCUAAAAUAUAACUUGUUAAACAACCUCUCCUAGCACGCAGUGCUCAUGUUCACUAUAAAUUUUCCUGCUUUUGCCUUUCUGUUGCUUACUAUCUCCUUAUCUGUCUCCUGCUCCCUCCUUUCAUCUUAUUCUUUGCUGCUCCCUCCUUUCUUCCCUCUCUCUUUCUUUUCCCUCAUACUCUUUCUCCAUCUCUCUCUCUCUCUCUCUCUCUCUCUCUCGCUCUCUCCCGCUCUCUCUCGCUCUCCCCCUGAAAAGUUUUAUUUUUGUUGUCCGCAAUCUAUUUGCCUACGGUCCUAAAAAACAGUCACUACAUCUUGCACAGCACUGUAUUUUGCAACAAACAGAGAAUAAUGGACUUAUUGAAAGUAAUAAUAAAAAGGGUGAUUUAAAAGGUUGUACUAGUGCCUAUAGCCUGUCCUUACAAGCUUUUUAAUGUAAACACUGCCGUUUCAGAGAAAAGGCAGUGUUUAUUUUGCAGUCUAGUAAUACCUCUAGUGGCAGUCACUGAGAUGGCCACUUGAGGCGCUUCCUAGUUCCCCAUCGAAUUUUCAUUGAUUCAAUAAAUCUCUGUGAGGAGAUGCUGACUGGCGCACAGUGGCGUUUUGCCGCAAUAGCCUCCCAAUACUUUCCAAUGGGUAAGCAUUAGGUUUGCUGAGAUCAUCACGUUUGAUCUCAGCCAUUGAAGCGGACCAGCCAGAGCAAAACUGCCGUGGCGUGGGGAAAAAAAGUUGAGUAAAAUCACCUUUUCCACGCAAUGCAAGGGGGACCUAAAAAGUUACUUUAACCCUAUAGUAUCAGGAAUACAUGUUUGUAUCCCUGACACUAUAGUCUUCUUUAAUGAAAUGGCAAUAAUGAGUUGUAAUCUAACCUACAUAACUUAAUGUGUGAAUACCAUGUAGAAUUGUUCACAUGAUUCUUCCUCUAUUCUUUUGGUGGUUCAUAAUUCAGUAUCCCAAUGUGUCUGCUAAUGUAAUUAUCUCUCGUGUGUUCAAAGCACAUUUUCAGUUCAAUCUUUGGUUCUAAUAACGACCCCUGUCAGCCUAGCAGCAGCCAGUAGCAGUAGCUAAUUUUUUACAUUACAUUUAGCUUUUAAUGCUUUUCACGCAUCCAGUGUUACGAACGGUCAAAAUAAUUUUUGGUAGUUAAAAGGACACUAUAGGCAUGCAGACCAUUUCAUCUCAUUCAAGUGGUCUAAGUGCGCUCUCUUUUUCCGUGCCCCCUUACCUCUGCAGCUGCAAAUAUUGCAGUUUCAGAGAAUAUGUAAUGUUUACAUUGCAGAGUCUCACAUAGCCACUAGAGGCACUUCCUGGCCUUUCAUGGAGUGUGACUCCAUGAAACCACACUGUAAGUCCUCACACUUUGCAUGAGGACGUCCAGCAUCUUCUAAAAACCCCUAGGAGAGCAUUGUGAAUUUAUCUACCAAGUAGCGAUUUCUAUUUUCUCUUUAAUAUGGGAAGUGGUGUGUUCCUUUUAAUGCUAACUGUAUACCAACCCCUACCUGACGCUAUACCAACCCUACAUUUACACCAAUACUAUCCAUUUACCUUUACCCUUCACUAUCACUAACCCUACCGUAGCACUAUGUCUGCCAUAACCUUAGCACAUGAAAGCCCAGAAACACUGCAACGUUUUGAAGGUAUAUAAAUGGCUGCAUACAGAUCAUCGGUCAGCCUUGGGUGGCCCUUACUGACUGAUUGGAGCCACCAGUAUCGAUUGAUACCUGGGAUCUCUGGUGUGAGCAGGAAUUUAACCUUGCUCUCACCGCAUUGCAGCAAUUGGUAUUUAAAUACCUUUGAGUUUUGCAUACCGUGCAUCUGUCAGUCUGGGGCCACUAAAUACGGAUCCAGCUGACCAAGGCGAGUCCCAGGUAUUGAUUGAUUUAUCCCUGCUCACACCAAGACGUUAGGACAUGUCAAUUUGCCCUAAUGGUGUUGCUGACAUGUCCUAACAUCGUUUAGUAGGAGAAACUGACUCUCUACACUACUGAAUAAAGUAUUAAAAUUCAUCUACAGGUGUUAAAAUAAAUAAAACCUUAAAUGCUCCAUUUUCUUUACAAUUUAUAUUGUGCUUUAAAGGGACUCUCCAGUGCCAGGAAAACAUAUCCGUUUUCCUGGCACUGCAGGACCCUGUAGUGCCCCUCUCCCUCCCACCCCCCAACCCAUGUUGCUAAAGGGGAUAAAACGCCUUCUGUGACUUACCUGAAUCCAGCGCCGAUGUCCCUCAGCACUGGGUCGGACCCCGCCCACACUCCUCGUCAGCCGGCGGAGGAGACUUAAUGCGUAUAUCCACGCACACGCAUUAGACCUCCACAUAGGAAAGCAUUAUUCAAUGUUUUCCUAUGGGGAUUCCGGCGACGCUGGAGGUCCUCAUGCAUAGCGUGAGGACGUCCAGUGUCAUUUAAAACACUUUUCGUGUUCUAAGAACACGGAAGUCCCUCUAGUGGCUGUCUAUUACACAGCCACUAAAGGGACCUCCGUGUUCUUAGAACACGAAAAGUGUUUUAAAUGGCACUGGACGUCCUCACGCUAUGGGAGAACUUAACCCUGCAAGGUAAUUAUUGCAGUUUAUAAAAACUGCAAUAAUUACACUUGAAGGGUUAAGGGUAGUGGGAGUUGGCACCCAAAUUACAUCAUAAUUCCUUUGCAAAUAAAGCAGAGGUAUAGAAACAUUGUUUAAUUUCUUCUCUUCUAUGUAUGACAUUAUCAGUGACAUAUCCUGAGGGGAUUAUAGAGUUUAAAAACCUACUUUACAAAAAGGUGUUUUAGAAAAAGAAAAAUGAAGAAUCUCUUAAAUGUGACAGUCAGACACGCAAAGUAAUAUUUUACAAGAAACUACAUUUAAAAUGAAAACAAUCUAAAUAAAAAAAAAAAAAAUAGUGAUCAGCUAUACAAACAGUAUUAUCCUAACUUGCUCUUACUGGUUUGGCACAGUGGGCUAAAUAAUGCAAGUGCGUGGAAUAAACCCAUAAAUGCAAUAUCAAAAAUAGUUAGAAUUGUUUUCAUUCAGCCUCUAUCUAAAGAGGGAAAAAGUUGAGGAAUUGAAAAAGUUGAGUGCAAACCUUGGAAUGAAGGACAUUAGUUGCGUGUAAAUAAAAAAAUGUUAAAUUCAGAUAGGCUUCAUGUUGACGCUGAACUAUAUGUUUAAUGUCCUGUUACCUCCUAUUUCUUUUAUUUUCAGAUUUUCUACUAUAAAGAAGUUACUGUUGUGUCCACCUAGUGUAGUUAGGCACUAUUGAUCGAUUUAGUUUUUUUUAAUAGUUUUUUUUUCGUUGCAAGUGUUUUUCAUAAUUUUUUUUUAAUCUUUGUUUUAUUUUAUUUCAGUAGGAAGCUGUAUUUUAUUUUAACACAGACAUACACUUAAUUCUACUAAAUGGUGGCUUACUGCAAAGACCACUUGCGCAACAGUGAUUUUAUAGUGUUUCAUUGGCAUUAGAACCCCAGACACGAAUUUAAAUUGGGGGGUUGAGCUAGUUAGUGGACGCACACUGGGAAGUUGAAUUUACCACUGCACGUUUGGAGGCACGGUCAUCUGAAGAAGCUUAUCAGGGUGAAGCGCAUCAUCUAUGCCAUCUCUAAAUGGGCAGAGCUUCCUCACACUGCUAACUACAGUGGUGAUUGAGAGCAGCAGCCUCACAGAGGACCAUCUGUCUAGUGGAACUAUUACAACCACAACUGUAUCUGUGAAAUUACAAUAUAGUGAUCUUGCACAUAUUUUACGUAAGCACAUUUAAAUUGGCUUUAAACAAUGUUACCCCAUUAGAUUUUAUACUUCAACUUUGUUUGGGGAUUAAAUAUAUAUGUGUAUAUAUAUAUAUAUAAUAUUAUUAUUUUUUUUUUGUACUGGAUUUUGCCACCUAUUUGGUUAUCUAUGUUUCCAGAAAGCUUUUAGGAGUUUGCUCCAAUUGAGUGUGUGUAUGUAUGUAUGUAUGUAUGUAUAUAUAUAUAUAUAAGUUUUUAAAUAAAAUUUUAUUUUAUAUAUAUAUAUAUAUAUAUAUAUAGAGAGAGAGAGAGAGAGAAUGCUUAAAGUGAUUCUAUAGUGCCUAACUCCCUCGCGCCCACCCUUUCGCAGCAGUGACUUAAUUGAAUCCAGCGCCAAUGUCCCUUGGUGCUGGAUCAGGCUUCGCCCACGCUCCUCAAUGGCCGCACUCGCAUUAGGAUUUCCCCAUAGGAAAGCAUUAGUCAAUGCUUUCCUAUGGGGAAAUAAAUCUUACGCUGCAGGUCCUCCAGCAUCCGAUAAUGAACCAAAGGUCCGUUUCAAACCAGGAAGCCCUCUAGUGGCUGUCUGAUAGACAGCCACUAGAGGUGGAGUUAACCCUGGAUAGCAAUUAUUGCAUCACUGCACCCAGACCACUUCAAUUAGCUGAAGUGGUCUGGGUGCCUACAGUGUCCCUUUUAAACCUAAGACCCUGCCAAACAAAGAAGCUGAAAUAUUUGACUGCCAGUAUAUGUAUGCAAAUUGGGAUUGAAUGAACUAUGAUUGUGGUGUAUGGAAUAAAGUUAAAGUAAAUGUAAAGAUCUUGAUAGACUCCUGCCUCUAGGAUGACUGAGCCUAGAAAGAACAAUAGUCAAUGUAAUUGGUUUAAAUGUAUAUUUUCCAGAUCUCAUAUUUUAAUUUUCAAUUUCACAUUCAGUUGAACACUAGUUUUGUGUUGUAUUAAUGCAGCCUAAUAUUUGGGGUUGUGUUUUGCACUCCUAAUUUUCAAAUAUUACUUGUCAUUUUGGUAUUUUUUUUUCUUUUAAAAUUCUCCUAAAAUACAUACAAUAUGUUUAAUUUCACCUGCUUACUAGUUUUCUUGAAUUUUCACUUUUUUUUAUUCCUUUUCCUUUUUUCUUUUCUUCGUUCAUCCUUCAUUUUAUCCUUCCCUCUAUAUUUUUUUAAUUCUAUUUUUAUUUAUAUAUAUUCCGUCUAAUGCUUAAUGUAUUUCUUUUGACAGGUAAUUGCGCACAGAUUGCUCUGAAAGAGAAGGGGGAGUCCCAGCCAAAAGAAACUUUAGAAUCAUCAUCAGAAGGGUUUCCCAAAAAGGAGGCUUCAACUCAGAAACGAGACUCCUCCCUGAUCCUGAAGCUACAUAGGAUUUCACAACCCUGUGGAAACCAUGUGUACAGAGCUCAAAAACUGAAACUUUCCCAGGAUAAGGGAGCAGAUGGAAAGCCAAAAAAACAAAUGUGCCUUAAAAAAAAUGUUGUCAGGAAGUAUAAAAAAUGCCCCUACAGAAAGAGGAGGAGGGGUCUUCGAAAACGUACAGGAAAGGGAAAUCCAAACUUAGUCGGAAGACGGAUCCUUCAUUUAUUUGAUGAUGGGAAGCGGGAAACCUGGUUUAGUGGAAAAGUUGUGCGGGUUCACAGACCCUCGGAAAAUCCUAAAGACACUCAGUACGAGGUGUGGUACGAUGAUGAACCCGGUACUCGCUACUUUUUAGAACUUCUGCAGGACUAUGAGAAAGGCUGGCUCAGAUUUGAAAAGUCUGCUGCUAAGAAAGCCAAGGCAUAACUUGUAAUUAGACAGGCAGACCUGGAUUUGUCUGACUCAUUGGGGUCUGUGCUUUGGGCUCUUCCAAGGCUGAAAUGUGAAUAUUGUCGAACCAAGAGCAACGUCUGGGAGGAGGGUUGCUUAUGGUUGGAAAAUAAGAGGAUUGUAAUUUUUACUUAUGUUUCUUAAAACUAGUAUGUUGCCGAUAAACGGCUUUAUUUAUUGUGAUGUUCAUUUCAGAUGAGAAAACAUUGCUUGUAAUAUUAAAUAAGAGGUGUUUGUAAUGUUUCUAACAAUCCAUAUUCUAGUAAAUUUUUCAGGUUUUUGAAAAGCCGAUUUUAUUUUUUUAUUUUAAUUUGGUUUUAAUUUUUUUAAACCACAUAAUUUUUCAUUGCCAGAUGAGAGAUUAGGUCGCAGUGGUAAUAAUUAUUGCUUUUACUAUGGGAAAAAUUGACAUAUAAGUGCCUUAUAGCUGCUGCAACAUUUGAAAUGUACAAUGACAGGUCUACCUUAAAAAGCAACCGUAAGGAGAACACCAUUAUGGUUACUUAUUUUACACCAAGAUGGGUAGACAUUUCUGUAUUGACAAAUGCCCACUUUGGACAAAAAACACAGCCCUUCCUAUCUGUGUCAAUUCAAAUUUGGUAUAUGCCACCCAUGUGAGUGCCAGAUAUAUUUGCUGCUUAUAUGCAAGAGCAUGUGGUAUAUCACUGACAUUGGGAGGUAGCAUUCCAGAUCUAUCCAUAUAGUUAAAACUUGGGUAGUCUCAAUCCAGUAUAUACACAUUGGUGACGAUGACCACUUGUUUUCCCAUGAUGCACAUGUGCAGUCAUGUGAAAACAUUUCCACAUAUAAACACCACUCCAGAAGAACUUGAAAAUUACUUGAGCACCGCAGAAGUCUGGUCAUAUCUAGACAGUCCCACAGAAUCCAGAAUAAGCACAAAUAUUGUUCUUUUCUUAUUGGUGUGUGCAGUUUUUACCUGGAUUUUGAAUAUGUGUGUUCAAAUAUAAUAUAUUUCUUCAACACUUCAUAGGAUCUUAUAUAUGCUAGUUAUACUAAAUAAAGUUAAAACCGUAACUGUUACAGAACUCUAUAACAUGAUGCUAAGGACUCACUAAGCCCUGCUCCAAUGUGUUUGCAGUCACUAAACUAAACUUGGUCACAACUUUGGGGUACUCCUUACUUCAACGUGGUAAGAUCUCAAGGCACACUUAUUUCAUAGAGCUUAGAAAUAUUCGUUGGGGAGUACCUUGUGAGUGUAUUGCCUUAACAGAUUUGUCUACUGAAAUUUGUCUACACUUUAUACCAGUUGGCCUUGAUUAACUGAAUUGUAUAUUUUAAUCUGUAGUGUCAUGUGUUGUUUUGUUUUGUUCUAAAACUUCUGAUUCUGUAAUUUUUGUAUUCUGUGUUUAAGUUAUUGUUUUAUAAAUCUAGAUUAUUUUAUCGUAUGGAACUUUUUUUUUUUUCUGAAUGAUAUUAAUACACAGUCUAUGGUGAACAUGUUAUUCUCACAUUCAGGACUAGACUGUAAAUAAGAUUUUGAUUGUGUCUUCGCCUUAAAACCUUAACAGUUUGGCAACUUUUCUGCCAGGUGUCGAUCACUUCGUCCAGGAUAGCUGGAAGAUCUCUACACUAAGUAUGCCCGGCAGUGCAGGGCUUAAGUCAUUGGCUUAUUAUGCUCAAUUUACACUCUCCAAUGAGCCAAUGAAUAAAGAUUGUAGGUCCUAGUUGAGUAGAGGUCAUGGAAGCUCCAUGCAGUAGCUUCCAAUGCUCCUGAACAGUGAGACUGGUGCCUAGAACGAAUCCCCCCCUUUUUUUUUCAAUGUCAAAGUCUAUGUUUUUAACAGUCCUUUUGGCUACAACUUCUUGACCAAUAUUGCUAAUAACUUCAGAUUUAUAAGAAAAUAGAAAUGUUAUAUACUGUAUCUGAUUUAUCAACACAAAUUCCAUGAGGGUGGUGUAACAUGUCUUUAAAGCAAACAAACAAACAAACAUACAUUCUCUACUCUCCUAUAGAUUGUACAGUACAAGGUCCCAUACUCCCUACAAUACUACAAAGUGCCUUAUCUUCAAAUCUCGAAGGCACUGAAGUCCCAUUGGAGUCCAGAACAGCCAUGUGUUUUAGCCAUCUGUAAACCAGAUGUCUAAUAGAUACAAUGAGGCUUUGUAAUGAAUCUUCAUUAGAUGUGAUUUGGGAAAUGUGGACUGGUUGGAGACCUCUUAACAAGGGGAAAAAAAAGAUUCCACAUUUUAUGGAACAUAAGAACUCUAAUUUAUUGGGUGUUGGAAAAUUAACAACCUUGGUACUGGUGAAUUAUUUUGAAAUGUAAAAAUGCUCACUUAUGACUACUAAACUACAUCAAAUGACUUGCAAAUUGAGAAUCAAUAAUCAUCACCUGUGUCAUUUCGUUAAGACAGGAUAUGCUUAAUUGUGAAUUUGGGACACAGCUUGCGAUUAAUUGCAAUAACUACUGUCAUUUUAGAACUAUCACUUGAAAGUGCAAUUAAAAACUAUUUGUUUUUUCCCUUUUUUUUUUUUUCCAUUGGGUAUUUCUUUACACAGAGCUCCAGUAUAACAAACUGUACAUACAUUAAAUACUGUAAGGAUGUAGAAUUUAGUAGUUUAUUACUGAGACUCUUAUUCUUACCCUAACUCCAGGCCAUAGAAGAGCUACAAGGUUUUAAAGGUGAUUUGUUAUUGCCAUUUAUUUAUAGAACUGUACUUUUUAUAAUUGAACUCAAUCACUCUCAAUCACGGCUUAACUUUAGCACUCCUGUUUGUCUAGCCAGCCAUUUGGAGAAUGUCGAUCUCCAGUGACAGAAAGUAGCCACAACAGUUCUAUACUCUUAUAUUACGUAAUGUAAUAGUUAUUCAAAUAAGUGAUGUUCUGUGAAUAGCAUUUUGAGUUUAUGCAUUGACAAAUCUCGGGAGUUUUUGUACUUUGGUUUGUACAGAGUUUUAUAUAAUUUUAUUAAGCUGUUACAAUUAUUUAAUGUUUUUUUUUUUUUUUUUUGUACUAACUUGCAGGAGGAACUUUUGUAUUUAAUAAUAAAAAAAAAAAACAUUUUCCUUCCUAUCCUUGCUUCCUGUUGUGUGUGUGUUUUUUAUUUUAUUUUUUUCCUUUUUCAUAGCUACAAAACAUUUGAGCUGGGUACAUGGAAUAUUUUGGUACCCAUCUUCCGAUUGCUUUUAAUGUUCUUUGGUUUGCGAUAGUUUGGAAGACCAGUUCUGGG